GUAUCCAGUAUAAAACUACAUCUCCCAUCCUGCCACAAAAAUUCUCGACUAACCAGUAGGUGUUGUUGCAAUGGUGGUGACGGAGGGACAUUGAAUGACUUUGGCUCCAUCACGAGAAAGAUCCCGGUAUUAGCUCACUUAAAUUAAUAAAUUACGACCAUGGAGGCUCUUAUCCCCGUAAUAAACAAGCUUCAAGAUGUGUUUAACACUGUGGGCGCGGAUAUAAUACAGCUGCCGCAGAUUGCAGUAGUGGGAACUCAGAGCAGUGGAAAGAGCUCUGUGCUGGAGAGCCUGGUGGGCAGGGACCUGCUGCCUCGUGGGACUGGCAUUGUAACCAGACGACCUCUCAUCCUUCAGCUUGUCCAUGUAGAUCCUGGAGAUGCCAGGAAAAUUGAGGAUGGCGCCAGGGACGGUGAAGAGUGGGGGAAGUUUCUACACACUAAAAAUAAGAUCUACACAGAUUUUGACGAAAUCAGGCAGGAAAUUGAAAACGAAACGGAGCGAGUGUCGGGGAAUAAUAAGGGAAUCAGCGAUGAGCCCAUUCACCUCAAGAUCUUCUCUCCCAAUGUUGUCAACCUCACACUGGUGGAUCUGCCAGGAAUCACUAAGGUGCCUGUGGGUGAUCAGCCUAAGGACAUCGAGAUCCAGAUAAGAGAUCUAAUCCUGAAGCACAUUUCAAACCCUAACUGCAUUAUCCUGGCUGUCACGGCAGCUAACACAGACAUGGCUACCUCAGAGGCCCUCAAGGUGGCACGGGAGGUCGACCCUGAUGGUAGGAGGACGCUGGCUGUGGUGACUAAACUGGACCUGAUGGAUGCUGGUACUGAUGCUAUGGAUGUGCUGAUGGGCAGAGUCAUCCCUGUCAAACUGGGCCUAAUUGGAGUAGUUAACAGGAGCCAGUUGGAUAUCAAUAAUAAAAAGUCAGUGGUUGAUGCGAUACGCGAUGAGCACGCUUUCCUGCAGAAGAAGUAUCCGUCUCUUGCCAACAGAAACGGAACCAAAUACCUGGCUAGAACUCUGAACAGGUUACUGAUGCAUCACAUCCGAGACUGUCUCCCUGAGCUGAAGACACGGAUCAACGUCCUGGCUGCUCAGUACCAGUCCCUGCUCAGCAGCUACGGCGAACCUGUAGAAGAUCAAAGUGCCACCUUGCUCCAGCUCAUCACUAAAUUUGCUACUGAAUACUGCAACACCAUCGAGGGAACAGCCAAAUACAUCGAGACAGCUGAGCUGUGCGGUGGAGCCAGAAUUUGUUACAUAUUCCAUGAGACUUUUGGCAGAACGUUGGAGUCUGUGGAUCCUCUUGGAGGACUCAGCACAAUCGAUAUAUUAACAGCCAUAAGAAACGCAACAGGUCCACGUCCAUCCCUGUUUGUGCCUGAGGUUUCCUUUGAGCUGUUGGUAAAGAAGCAGGUGAAACGCCUGGAGGAGCCCAGUUUGCGCUGCGUGGAGCUAGUCCAUGAGGAGAUGCAGAGGAUCAUCCAGCACUGCAGCAACUACAGCACACAGGAGCUGCAGAGAUUCCCUAAGCUGCACGAGGCCAUUGUUGAAGUGGUCACCUCCCUCCUUAGAAAGAGACUGCCCAUCACUAAUGAAAUGGUCCACAAUUUGGUUGCUAUUGAGCUGGCCUACAUCAACACUAAGCAUCCAGACUUUGCAGAUGCCUGUGGGGUCAUGAAUAACAAUAUAGAGGAACAUAGGAGGAACAGGAUGAGAGAGCUGCCUACUGCAGUCCCCAGGGAUAAGUCUGUUGGCAAAGGCCCGGCAGGCCCAGCUGUGGUUUCUGGCGAGCCCUCUGCGUCUGGAGCAGACAUGGACAGUGCCAAGGCCUCAGCAGCAGGGCUCCAGGGCGAGCAGGACGGCACAGGGAACUGGAGGGGGAUGCUGAAGAAAGGGGAGGAAGCCCCAGGCUCCGGACCUGGAAGCCCUCUUAAAGGAGUCGUCAACCUUCUUGAUGUGCCCGUCCCGGUUGCCAGGAAGCUGUCGUCCCGUGAGCAGAGGGACUGUGAGGUCAUCGAGCGCCUCAUCAAAUCUUACUUCCUCAUCGUUCGCAAGAACAUCCAGGACAGUGUGCCAAAGGCAGUGAUGCACUUCCUGGUCAAUCAUGUGAAGGACAGCCUCCAGAGCGAGCUCGUUGGCCAGCUGUACAAAUCGGGUCUCCUCAAUGAUCUGCUGACUGAGUCGGAGGAUAUGGCCCAGCGGCGCAAAGAGGCCGCCGACAUGCUGCAGGCAUUACAGAGAGCCAGUCAGGUGAUCGCUGAGAUCAGGGAAACACAUCUGUGGUGAAAAACGAACCCCAUCUGUUAUCUGCCCAAUCACGCCCAGAGGACCGACGCUUCACGCCCCUCAUCAUGUCUGAACUUGAACUUUUGGUUUUGCAAACCUAAAAAUCUUUUGAUUCCUGCUCCAAUAUACAGUAGGUAUCAUGUUGGCUUAAAAAAGAAAAAUAAGUUAAUUAAAGUUAUUUAAAAAUGCUUGAUGUUAUAUAGAAAACUUGAAAUGCACCGCCCGAGUUUACUAAUGUUCAGAGUUUAAACUGAAGUCAACUAAAAGCAAAGAUUCAGCUAAAGGCAAAAUACUUUUCGGUUUUGAUGACAGGCGGUGGUUAACCGGGUUGGAAAUGGACUUCUGAGUGAAGCGGAAAGUUAAAAAAAGGUGAUUUUGACAGCCGUAUAAAGCAUUCUCAAGCAGAUUCAGCUGCAGGUCAUAAAAUAAUCAGAGAUGCUCUCCAGCCCCUCGUUUGCAGCCUUUUCACUUAGAAGUAGCUCUCAUGCCCGAAACCACUGAGUCUCCACCAGUUUCAUUUUUGCACUAUUGUCACCACACUGUAUUGUACAGAAACUCUUUCAUUCUAAAAUUAUUGCCAUCUGAUUUAUUUAUUACUGUGUUAUUUAAAUGUGUGGACAGUUUGAUGAUCACUGUUGCAGCUAGUUAAGUUUACAUAUCGCUGCCUAUGUAUAAAUUCAUGGUGCACUGUGGUCUGUGUAUGGCUCCAAAAUGAAAGAAUAAAGAGGUAUUUUAUUGCCGUUCA